AUGUCCUUCAGCCCCAAACACUCCACCCCCUUCUCAGUCUCCGACAUUUUGAGCCCGAUGGAGGACAGCUACAGGAGGUUCGGAGGGAUGGAUCCCGCCGCGGGGAGCCUCGGAUCCCCGCUGGGCGCCUACCGGCAGUCGCAGGUCUCCCAGCCCGGUAUGAUGCAGCAUCAGCAGCAGCAGGCGCAGCAGCACCAUCAUCACCACCACCAUCACCAUCACCACCUGUCCUCCUCCUCUUCAUCCUCAUCCUCCUCCUCUUCCUCAGCAGCAGCAGCAGCAGCAGCCGCGCUCGGACCCGGUGGGCCCUAUCACGUCCCCCACGGGGUGCCGCAGUUCUCCGGGGCCGUCGGAGGGUUCUGCAACGGCGGCAUCGGGAACGUGGGAGAGCUGCCGUCCUACCAGGAGACGGUGAGGGGCGGGGGGGCCGCGUGGUACAGCAACCCGGAGCCCAGAUACCCCACAAUUUCCAGAUUCAUGGGCCCCUCCGCCGGGAUGAACAUGUCCGGGAUGGUGGGCUCUCUGUCCGGGAUGGACUCCAGCACCAAGUGCUCCAUGGUGAGUCUGCACGCCGCGCCGCGCAGGAAGCGGCGGGUUCUCUUCUCGCAGGCUCAGGUGUACGAGCUGGAGCGGCGCUUCAAACAGCAGAAGUACCUGUCCGCGCCGGAGAGGGAGCACCUGGCCGGACUCAUCCACCUCACUCCGAACCAGGUCAAGAUCUGGUUCCAAAACCACCGGUACAAGCUGAAGCGGCAGGCCAAGGACAAAGGCCCGCAGCAGCAGCAGCAGCAGCAGCAGCAGCAGCAGGAAGGGAGCGGCGGAGGCGGAGGAGGAGGAAGUCUGUGCCGCUCCUCCUCCGUGUCCCCGGUUCUAUCCAAAACCGGGAAGAGCUGCAGGACCGAGUCCAGCGGCUCCAACCAGACUGGAAACAGACAGAGCAGCGCAGGGGAAGCCAUGACGGCGACCCCGCAGCAUCAUCACCAUCAUCAUCAUCAGCAGGUGAACCAGCAGGUGAACCAGCUGUCAUCCACGGAGGAGCUGGAGGAUUUGUCCCCGAGUCCGCCGCUGGGACUGCAGGCGCAGAUCAACAUGACGCAGACUGACGCGGCGCUAAUCGAGUACACGAACAGCAUGAUCGGCUCCAAUUUACUGUACGGGAGGACUUGGUAGGAGACACCAUGAGGAGGAGGACUGACGGGGAUCCGGGCCUGAGGUGGAUUUUUUUUUCCGGCCAACAAAACAAAACAAGCACCAGACUUCUUUUAUUGGUUUUGGAGCAACAAGGUGCAAAACUAAAAAACUGUAAAUAAGAGGCUGAACCGGGUCUGAAUGUGGCUUCCUCUGCAAAACGAAAUAUUUGUGAUUAGUCUUUUUAUGUUUUGUUAUAAAAUGUUU